AUGCUGCCGGUCAAAUAUGGGCUGACUGUGUUCAGGGUGGGCGGCGUUGUUUCGGAAUCAUCACAUAAGUUUUUUAUUCAGUUCGUUUUCUAUACCGCAAUAUUCUGCGGUUUCAAUCUCGUUGUGCUCUCGAUAUUCACGGCUGAGCUUCGUCAGAGAGGCCACGUGAAUGCACAUUGGCUUGUCGCGUUGGGGCUGAGCUGUAUCUUCUUUCUUUUCUCUGCCGGGAUGACAGGGACUUCACUUCAUCUUGCCGCAACCAACACCACGACGAUCGAGAACAUUACUCGCAAAACCAAAGUGUGGACUCUGGCCAUCCACAUAAACCGUCCCAGCAACACCGAGUGGGCCCGAGUAUUCCCAACCGUAACCUAUCCAUCGCGGCCAAUCUCUACCCCAGUAGACUCAUCCGACCAAGACUCUCCCAAGCAAGAAGACAGCCGCACUUUCGCGAUCCUCCGGACGCAACCGGGGGAGAAUCCAUUUGACCUCGGCAGCCCGCUGAAAAACCUGCAACAGGUCAUGGGCUACACGGUUUGGGACUGGCUUCUCCCGCUCAAGCCCAGUCCGUGUGUCGAUCACAGCAGUCCCGAAAGUGCCUAUGCGAUGGGGCCUGUGGUGCAGCGAUUGAAGCGCGAAGCCGGGCUGAUAGACAGUACGGCAGAGCCGUCCGAGCCUGGGAAAUCUGAUCGUCGUCGCCACCACCGUCGUCGUCGUAAUCGCCAAUCCAACCAUCGUCAUCGUCCAGAGGUGUCUGAUGCAUCAACUCCAUCAGGGCCAUCUGAGCAGGAUGAGUCUCAGCAGCAGCCUGCGGGACCCGAUCGGGAAGGUGACUCUAAUCAGUAG